AGCCUCAUGACCAAGGGUCGGGCCAAGGGCAUCAUCUGCACCGUCUGGGCCAUCUCUGCCCUGGUCUCCUUCUUGCCCAUCAUGAUGCAUUGGUGGCGGGACGAGGACCCCCCGGCGUUGGAGUGCUACCAGGACCCGGGCUGCUGCGACUUUGUCACCAACAGGGCUUACGCCAUCGCCUCGUCCAUCAUUUCUUUCUACAUCCCCCUCCUCAUCAUGAUCUUUGUGUACCUGCGGGUGUACAGAGAGGCCAAGGAGCAGAUCAGGAAGAUCCUCGGCAACGGCCGCGCCAGCAAGCGGAAGACCUCCCGCAUCAUGGCCAUGAAGGAGCAGAAAGCCCUCAAGACUUUGGGCAUCAUCAUGGGGGUGUUCACCCUUUGCUGGCUCCCUUUUUUCCUGGUGAACAUUGUCAACGUCUUCAACAGGGACCUGGUGCCGGACUGGCUCUUUGUUUUCUUCAACUGGCUGGGCUAUGCCAACUCCGCUUUCAACCCCAUCAUCUACUGCCGCAGCCCCGACUUCCGUAAGGCCUUCAAGAGGCUGCUCUGCUGCCCCCGGAAAGCCAACCGGCGGCUGCACGCCAGCGGCGGGGACCUGGCCCGUUUGCCCGGGGGCUUCAUCAGCACCGUGGGCUCCCCCGAGCUCAGCAUGGGAGGGACCUGGUCCGACUGCAACGGGGGCACGCGGGGAGGCAGUGAGUCCAGCCUGGAGGAGAGAAAUAGCAAAACGUCUGAUUCGGAGUCCAAGCUUGUUCAUUGUAAUUGCAGAUGAAUGCCGGGGGGGGAUGGGGGAAUCCUGGCAACAACAAAAAUUUACUGCACAUUUUUAAAAAAUGGCUUCAAGGCCAUUUUUUGCACAGUGUUAAGAGUUGUAAAGUUAUUUGAAGAUGUUACUUGCACACACACACACAAAUUAAAAAUGAAAUGGAGGUUUGAAUAACACCAACCCUGA